AGGGGAGUGAGCCCCUGGUGCCACAGCGUGCACUGGUCAUGCUGUGCUGGGCUGCACCAUGCCAUGCUGGGCUGUACCACGCCGUGCCAGGUUGCACUACGCCAUGCCAGGCUGCACCACGCCGUGCCGGGCUGUACCACAAUGUGCCAGGCUGCACCACGCCACGCAGCACCUAUCCCUGUGUUCACUGGCUAUGCCGUGCCAGCCACACCGUACCGCACCGCGCAUCCCAUGCCCAUGCCAGGCUGCGUUUUGCCGGCUGUGCCAUGCUGCCUUGCCCGUGCCAGGCUGCACUCUGAAGGCUGUGCCGUGCCAAGCUGCACCGUGCUGCCCGUGCCAUGCCGCACCACGCUGCCUGUGCCGCGGUGCACCUUGACGGCCGUGCCGUGCCAUGCCGUGCCGUGCCGUGCCGUGCCAUGCCGCGCCGUGCCACCCUGCUGCGGUGCUGCCCAUGUCGAGCUGCACCGCGCUGGCCCCUCGCAGUGAGGAAGUGAAGCCGGCGCGAAGGGGAAGUUGUUGGAAAGUCAGACCGGAAUGGCUGAUAGGGAAGGCAGAGCUGGGCUUGGUCGCAGAUGGUUCCUGUUGGGGAAGGACACGGGCGCAGCUGCCCGGCCUCCCCCCACCCGCCGCAUUAUCACUGCCCGGCAGCUGUUCACCUUCCCCCUCACCAUGGGACACGGCGCUGCUGCCACCCCGGCCCCGGCGGUCACAUGAACGGCCCUCGCGGCAGGGCAGGCACCGUUCGGGCAGGACGCCCCGCGCCGCACCACACCACACCGAGCCCGACGGCGCUCAGCAUCUCCUUACCCGGCGUGGGGACUCGUGCCUGCCCCAGAAGUGGGCUGGCUGUGCCAGGCACUGCUGACCUCGCACCCCUGGGAUGCCCGGGGGUCCCCCCAAACCCGACAGCCACCCCUCUUGUACCAGGGCACCGGGCAGGACCGUCCAAGAUCCCGCGGCGAAGCGGGCCGCCACCAUGCCCGACUCGCCGGCCGACGUCAAGACGCAGCCCAGGUCCACGCCGCCCAGCAUGCCGCCACCGCCGCCAGCCGUCACGCAGGGAGCCACGCGCCACCCCUCCUUCACGCCCAGCACCAAUCGAGACGCUGGCCCUCCGACGUUUCUGCCUCGCGGCCGUUUUCAUGGUUGCUUGAAAUGGUCGAUGGUCUGUCUUUUGAUGAACGGCAGCAGCCACUCGCCCACCGCCAUCAACGGGGCCCCGUCCACCCCCAACGGCUUCAGCAACGGGCCGGCCACCUCCUCCACCGCCUCCCUCUCCACCCACCAGCUCCCGCCGGCCUGCGGCGCCCGCCAGCUCAGCAAGCUCAAGCGCUUCCUCACCACCCUGCAGCAGUUCGGCAACGACAUCUCGCCCGAGAUCGGGGAGCGGGUGCGCACCCUCGUCCUGGGGCUCGUGAACUCCACGCUCACCAUCGAGGAGUUCCACGCCAAGCUCCAGGAGGCCACCAAUUUCCCGCUGCGGCCCUUCGUCAUCCCCUUCCUGAAGGCCAACCUGCCGCUGCUGCAGCGCGAGCUGCUGCACUGCGCCCGCAUGGCCAAGCAGAGCCCGGCGCAGUACCUGGCCCAGCACGAGCAGCUGCUGCUGGACGCCAACGCCUCCUCUCCCAUCGACUCCUCCGAGCUGCUCCUGGAGGUCAGCGAGAGCGGCAAGAGGAGGACACCAGACAGGACCAAAGAGAACGGUUUGGACCGCGACCCCCUGCACCCCGAGCACCUCAGCAAGCGGCCGUGCACCAUGAGCCCCGCGCAGCGCUACAGCCCCAGCAACGGGCUGAGCCACGCGCCCAACGGGCUGCCGCCCCCCGCCGCCCCCCUGCCCCAGCACUACCGCCUCGAGGACAUGGCCAUGGCGCACCACUACCGCGACGCCUACCGCCACGCCGACCCCCGGGAGCUCCGCGAGCGCCCGCGGCCCGCCGCGGUGCACGGGGCGCGCCAGGAGGAGGUGAUCGACCACCGGCUCACCGACAGGGAGUGGGCGGAGGAGUGGAAGCACCUCAACAACCUGCUGAACUGCAUCAUGGACAUGGUGGAGAAGACGCGCCGGUCGCUGACGGUGCUGCGGCGGUGCCAGGAGGCCGACCGCGAGGAGCUCAACCACUGGAUCCGGCGCUUCAGCGACGCCGAGGACAUGAAGAAAGGCAGCCCCCCCUCCGCCCGCCCCCACAACAGCUCCUCCAGCUCCGAGGCACCCCAGUUAGACGCUCACCGGGACUUCGCACCGCGGCCCCUCUCCGGUUACAUGCCCGAGGAGAUCUGGAGGAAGGCUGAAGCUGUGAACGAGGUGAAGCGUCAGGCCAUGUCCGAGCUGCAGAAGGCCGUGUCGGACGCCGAGCGCAAAGCCCACGAGCUGAUCACGACGGAGCGAGCCAAGAUGGAGCGAGCCCUGGCCGAGGCCAAGCGCCAGGCUUCGGAGGACGCCCUGACCGUCAUCAAUCAGCAGGAGGACUCGAGCGAGAGCUGCUGGAACUGCGGGCGCAAAGCGAGCGAGACCUGCAGCGGCUGCAACACCGCCCGCUACUGCGGCUCCUUCUGCCAGCACAAGGAUUGGGAGAAGCACCACCACGUCUGCGGGCAGACUCUGCAGGGGCUGCCGGCCCCCGCCACCGCCCCGACCGCCGGCGUGGGGCUGCCGGUGGGCUCGGCGCAGCCCGAGGGGGUGCCCCCCAUGGCCAGCAGCCCCAGCGAGACGGGCUCGGGGGCCGCGUCCCGCGCCGGCACGCCGGCCACCCCGGCCCCGCUGGAGAGCGCGUCCCGCUGAGCCGCCCCCCGCCCCCCCCCCCGCUGCCGCCGCCGCGGCGCGCCAAAAGAACCAGACUGCACUCGAUGCAAUUUCCUCAGCUACCUGACUCGUGUGACCUCCAAAACGACCUCUCUAUCUCUCACAAAUAAUCCUCACGGAUCCUCAAACUGGGCUUUAAGUGGAGUUUAAGGCAAACGCCGGUCUUCUCUGUUCUCUCUUCGGUCUUUGUUUUGGCUUUUUUUUUUUUUUUUUUUUUGGUUGGUUUUCUAGCGUUUGGGGGAUUGCUGUUCGUUGCUACCGGGUGGUUGUUUUUUUGUUUUUUUUUUUUAAAUAUAUAUAUUUUUAUAUUUUUAUUUUUCUCCUCCUUUCCGGAUGAGGGGUUUGCCGCAGGCUGGCCGCGCCAUGCCGUGGGGAGAGGCCAGGCUGGCGGCGGUGCUGCCCAGGAGCUCGCUCACAGGAGGAAGGAAAUUUCUUUUCUUCGUCUCUCUCUCUCUUUUUUUUUUUCUUUUUUUUUU